AUGGGCUCCAUCGCCGCCGCCUCCUCCUUCAACGUCCUCCGCGACACCAAGCCGGAGGAUACAACCCUCCCAGCCUUCAUGGUCUCAACGACCCGUGGUUUCCUCCCCCGGCAAGAGCCCAUCAUCUCCCUUCCUGCCGAGUUCGCAGCUCUCGAGUCCAUUCUCUCCCGGAUGCCCGUCAAGACUCUUGAGGGCUUGCCUGGUCUCCUCGCGACUUUCAGCCUUGGUGAGACAGUUCUCAGAGAUCUUCCUGACUUGACGAGCGCCGUCAACAAGUACAAAGACAACAUGCCCUUACAAAAUGCCUUGUACCGGGACUACUCCUUCCUUGCUUCGGCUUACCUCCUUGAGCCAUGCCACGAACGAUUCCUUAAAGGAGAAGGAUACGGACUUGGUCGUCAGACCCUCCCAUCCGUUAUCUCCUUGCCCAUCUCGCGGUGUGCCGAACUGGCUGGCUUCAAACCUUUUAUGGAGUAUGCAGGCUCCUAUGCGCUCUUCAACUACCGCCUCGAGGACCCAAAGCUAGGUCUUCAGUACGACAACCUCCGCCUCAUCCGCGCCUUCGAGCACGGUCUCGACCCCAAGUCAUCCGAAGCAGGGUUUGUCCUCGUGCACGUCGACAUGGUGCAAAACUCUGGGCCUUUGGUCGACGGUGUCGUCUCAGCACUCGACGCAUGCGAGACCAAUGACCGCGAAGUCUUCAAUGUCGGCAUGGAGAAAGUUGUGGCUAGUAUGACGAAAGUGAACAAAGUCAUGGACGGUAUGUGGGGGAAGAGUAAGCCAGGAGACUAUAUCUCGUUCCGGACCUUCAUCUUCGGCAUCACUUCCCAGAGCAUGUUCCCGCACGGUGUUAUCUACGAAGGCGUGUCCGAGGAACCCCUCUCUUUCCGUGGGGAGUCUGGCGCAAAUGACAGCAUGGUCAAGUCACCUCUUCAUCUCCCCAUUCCCAUUCUCAUCCCCAAAUUCCAAGUUCUCAUCCCGCUCUGCGACAACUUUCUCCAGAUCACCAUGCCUGACACCCCUCUAACAGCAAUCCUGCAAGACUUCCGCGCUUACCGUCCUGGAAACCACCGCGAGUUCCUCGAACACGUGCGCGCGCGGUCCUCGCUACUCUCCCUACGCUCCUACGCCCUGCAGGACCCCACCUCCAGCGCCCUCUACCUGCUCGCUCUGAACCAGGUCCGUGACUUCCGCUGGCGCCACUGGUGCUUCACCCGGGAAUACAUUCUGAAGAAGACGACGCACCCGGUCGCGACGGGUGGGAGCCCCAUCGUGACAUGGCUGCCGAAUCAGCUGCAGGCGGUGCUGGACGCCAUGAUCGCGGUGUGGGAGGGCAGCGGAAGGAAGCUGGGCAUGGGCUGCGAGCAGGUCAUGGACCUUGUGGUGCAGCAGAAGGAGACGCUGACCAAGGAGGUUGAGAAGUACUGCAAAGAGCGGAAUGUAGAUGCGAAGACGGGGAGGGUGCAGUAA